AUGAAUAGAUUCACUAUGCAUGACUUGGUUGAUGGCUUCACUAAUGGCAUAGAGUGCCUUACAUUACCGACAUUAGACGUUUUAAACAAGACUAAGGCUUCUGACUUUGCCACGAACACUGACCUAGCUUUUGUUACCACCUUGGACAACUGGUUGUCUCAAACGCGGCGCAUCAUGGACGCUUCAUUCAGCGAACCAGAGGAAGAAACAAACCAAAAAAGCAUUACAGAUAUUCAGAACAUACACAGUUAUCAUGGUCUAUUGGGGCGACCUAACGUCAUUUGGAAUUCUCUUGAGGAAUUACUCAAGCAACUUUUGACCCUGCAUGCCGGAAUUUGGAGUACAGGACUCUGUCUUGAUGCGCUGGCCAAAGAGGCUUAG